GAACCUCCACUCACUCGCCACUCGAACAGCUCGCGCCCACCAGAUGCCACCACCAGUUCCCCCUCCGCCCUGCGCGGGCGACACUCUGUGCGCGGCGGCGGUGAAGGUGCUGCGCACGGCGGACCCGUGGAGGAAGGCGGACUACGGCGACCUCGCCGCCAAGCUCUGGGCCAGCGGUGCCAUCCGCGAUGCUUACGCUGCUGACGAUGCGCGUGGGUGCGAGAGCUUGAACGGCGACGGGACAGAAGACCGAUGCGCGGAAACGCGGGAGGAUGGAGCGGCGGAUGCGGGAGUAGGGGAAAGCGACGAGGAGCGAUGGCUUAGCGUGCCUGAUCGCCCUGCUAGAGAUGAUACCGUGCGCGUGGUGGCGGCGCGCGACAUGCCGCGGCGGGGCAAGGGCGGGUCGCAGCAGAGCCGGCUGGCGCUGCUGCACAGCCUCGUGCACAUCGAGAGCUGGGCCGUCGACCUCGCUUGGGACAUCAUAGCGCGGUUCGGCCGUGCGCAGCGCAUGCCGCGCACCUUCUUCUCGGACUUCGUGCAGGUGGCAGCGGACGAGGCGCGCCACUUCCGCCUGCUGGCCGCGCGGCUGCAGGCGCUGGGGUCCAACUACGGCGCGCUGCCCGCACACGACGGGCUGUGGGAGUCCGCUGCUGCUACUGCGGGGGACCUGAAGGCCAGGCUGGCAAUAGAGCACUGCGUGCACGAGGCGCGAGGGCUGGACGUGGUGCCGCAGACCAUAGAGCGGUUCAGAGCAGGGGGCGACAGUGAGACGGCGGAGCUGCUGGAGCGCGUGGUGUACCCUGAGGAGAUCACCCACUGCGCUGCUGGCAGACGCUGGUUCACCUUCCUGUGCCUCAGGGAGGUCAGGGGGGGGAGGGGAGCGGAGGGAGGCGAAGGUGGAGGAUGUGGGAGAGGAGGUGCAGAAGGAGAAGCAGCAGCAGCAGAAGGGGGGAGCACAAGAGAAACUGCAACUGCUGCUAGAGUAGUGGAGGGUGAUGGGGCUGGGGGGGAAGGGGAGGUGGGAGCCGGGAGAAAAGAUGAGGCGGAGCGUGAGGAGCAGAGUAUUGGUGAGGAGGAGGCGAGUGUGGAGGAGCAUGCAUACAUCGUGGGUCAGUUCCAUGCCAUAGUGCGAGCCAACUUUCGGGGCAAGCUAAAGCCGCCAUUCAACCACGAGGCAAGGGAGAAAGCCGGAUUCACUCGGGAUUGGUAUGAGGCACUUGCAGAGUGAUGAAGGAAAAGGUGCCACAUGGGACAGACGACAAGGAAGCCUCCUUAUUGACUUAUUGACAUUUACGGUAGAAAAUCGAGGGGCAUUUAUGUGGAGCGUUCUUUUCCAGGGCCAUUUUGAGGUACAAAUAACCUACGAGCAUAGAUUCCCAUAGGUUGAAUAAGGUGAAACGAUACAUUACAACUGUACUGCUUU